UCUACCAGACACAGCGAUAUUUGUUGUUACUGUUGAUGUUGAACAGGAACUAUACACGGAUGUGCAGGGACAUAACGGCAGAGUUAACACGUAGUAAAUUGGCACCAGGUCGAUGUCUAUACUCGUCUAUUGUGAGGGACAUCUGGGAUAUUUGUCCACUAGGGUAUAAGAAACAAUUCGCAGAAACAGUGAUACUUACAUGUAAGAACUAGACGUUCGUCUCCAGAAAUUCACUGUUACGGAAUCAAGCAUAACCACAGAGUGACCUGCUCAGAUCAACAUGCCUUGUCGACGUCACAAUAUAGCGUGGACGCUCGUGGCGGCUUUGCUCCUGGUGAUGACACUGUCACGCAAGCACCUACUACCCACAACGUUUUGGUCCAGGGAUAAUACAGGAACUGUAAGGAAGGAUGGGUUGAAGACAGAGAUGGGUUAUAAUACCACCAACACUAUCAAGAGUACACAAACUUCGGACAAGACCGAAGCUAUCAAACAAGUCAAGAAAUACACACAGGAUUGGGGCAACUAUGCCCUAACCGGUGAGCCAAACGACCACAAGACCAACACAGCCUUGGAAAGAAGGGUUCGCACACACAACGGUUUCUGGACAAGGCCAAACAAUGAUAUAACCUCUAUGAAAGGACCAGAACGAGAUGGAUUUGGCAAUACAUCCUACACAUGCAACGAAAAAACAAACCUUGUUUUCUUGAAGAUCCACAAGACGGCCAGUUCUACUGUACAAAACAUAAUUAUGCGAUUCGGCAGUACUAGAAACCUCACCUUUGCUCUACCAAAAAGGGGACACAUAAUGGGCUGGCCGAGAUUAUUUCAUAAGUCAUUUGUGCUGCAAGAGAAUAUUGCGAAAAAAAACAUUACCUACAAUAUCCUGUGUCACCACAUGCGGUUUCAUCACGAGCACAUUCGGGAACUAAUGCCAGACGAUACUGUAUAUAUUACCAUCAUUAGGGACCCAGUCUACAUGUUUGAAUCGAUAUUCAGUUACAUGCGAUUCGACAAACAAUUCGGGAUAAACAGUACUGAGCCCUUAAAGACCUUUCUCGAACAGCCUUUUUACUUCGCCAAAUUCGGAAAAAGAGACCCGCAGCGCUACCGUAACCCCAUGCUGUAUGAAUUUGGGAACAUCAGGACAGAGUCUGACUCGGAAGAGAGUAUAGAAUUCGUCAUUGAUCUAAUCGAGAAAAUAUUUUCUGUUGUCCUGAUAGCGGACCAUUUCGAAGAGUCCUUGGUUCUGCUGAAACACACGCUUUGCUGGGACAUCAAUGACGUCACGUUUUUCAAAAUUAACGCUCGGAGAAAUGAAUCCAUACGUGGCAUGACAGCAGAUAUGGCUGAAAAAAUCCGCCAGUGGAGCAGGGCGGAUGUCAUGUUGUUCGAUCACUUCAACAAAACAUUGUGGUCUAAGCUUUCCAAGCUCCCCUUCGACUGGAGAAAAGAGGUUGAAGUUUUAAAGGCCAAAAAUCUGCAGUUACAAGACGAGUGUCUUCAGUCUGACAGUGCCAGUAAAGCAGAUAUAAAGGACAAGCGCUUUGGAGUGUACCAACCAAAAGGCAUUCAUAUGGAACACUUCCAGUUGAAGGAAAAUGCCCUGAUGAACGAGACUUGUGUAAACAUGGCAAAAUCAGAAAUACCAUUUACACUGGAGCUACACGACAAGGAAGAGCGCAGAAUUUUAAAUAAACUUUAAACUAAUUUGACACUAGAAUUCUCAUAGC